AUGGCGACCGUCACAGACGAUUCUCUACAGCAGUUUCUCCAAGGUGCUGACGCUGACAGCCAGCCGUCUGAUACUGCUGUUCUUUCCGUGUUAGCCAUCGGUUCUAGCUCAGAUAGCGCUGGCGAGAUGAGCCGCUGCAAGAUGGAGACUGGUGCGGUUCGAAGGCGUCCUGCCCCUCGUGGUACUGCAGCCUAUCCUCGCAAACGAGCAAACAGAGCUUGUCAAGUCUGCAGAGCUCGCAGGACGAAGUGCGACAACAAGAAACCAUCAUGUUCGUUCUGUGAGAAAGUUGGUGCCAAGUGCAUCACAACUCCAACCGAUCUAUCAUCGUUUGAUCCUGCUAGCCUGGCAAUUUUGGACCGCUUGGAACAACUCGAACAAAUAAUCCGUGAGAAAUCAACAGAAUCCGUUCCACCACCACCACCACCACCACCAGCCCCUGCUACCCUUCCCUCUGUUGACGAGGACUUUGAUUUAAGCUACGGAUCACCUGCCCCUGAUUUACAUUUUGGGCCGGAUUUUAGUACGGUCACUAUCGAGACAGUCCUCGCAUGGGACGUAUUUCGGAGCCGCUUUGAUUCCCAACGGGAACUGAAAGCUCUCCUUAAAGAGGCUGAACUGCCUCCUUCCCCCAUUGUCUCCCCAGUGGGGGAGACGAUUCCAUUGAUCAACAGUUUGGAGCUGGGGUCUUGUAAUAGACUGCUGGACAGUUUUUUAACUUGCGUCCACAUUGCUAAUCCAAUCUUGGACGUCGAGCUAGUUCGUGGAUAUGUGAACCAUGCCUGUCUGCAUGGAGUCGGCUGGGACGCAGCAUCAUGUUUAGUGCUCCUAGUUUGCGCCCUAGGGUCAAUUGCGGAAACAUUCCAUGACCUUCAUGGACAUACAUCUCUUAUGACACGAAAUUUCCCAAGUUUUAGUCUUGCCAGAGCGUUCUUUGAGGCUUCACAAAAGCGCAUCGGGCUCCUUUUACGUGGAAGCGGAGUUUUGGAGGCACAGUGCUUCUUUUACUCUGGGGUCUACCUCAUGACCAUCCAACAGCCAAUGGAUGCAUGGAGACAUUUUGUUCAGGCUGCUGCCAUUUCACAGGGCUUUGAUUUUCCAAAAAAGCCGUAUACGAUAGAGAUGCUAAUUAGCGAUGAGGAGCGGCGGGAACGAGCUGCUCAAGAGAGUAUUUACUGGACGUGUUUCAAGUCUGAACUAGAAGUUCGUAUGGAGCUGUCCUUGCCGGGUUUCGGUCUGCAGGAUCUGUCCUAUCCCAGUUCAUUUCCUAGCCCACCAUCAGACGACCUGGCACAAGACUCUACACAUGCAUGGUACUACUAUCUUGCCGAGAUUGCGUUGCGCCGACUCGCAAAUCGCAUUUUAUACAAUCUUUUCCGAAACCAGGACAAGGGCCGAUUUCCUCAUAUUAGAGAAAUGAUUGAAUCAACCGCCGUGUUCGAAGCGCAGGCUAGCGAGUGGGUGGGCUCGCUUCCGCCCAUAUUCUCACUUCAGACACCCGAAGAAGACGACGACGUGCUCAAAUUCGUCCUUCGCGGGCAUCUCCUCGACUGUUAUGAGUGGAUGUAUUUCCCUUUUAUGACCGAGACAAUCAAUUAUGGUCGUCGAGGCCCGAUUAUUGAUGAAUACACCCGAAAGGGUCUCCAGAUGUGCGUUGACCGCAUCCGCAAGAACGAGCCGGGUUUCCAGCAUCGUCACCACGGCGCAUGGCUAAUGCUGCGUACGUGUACGCGAAGCGCUUUGAUUUUGCUUGCUGCCUGUCACAGUCAGAUAGUGCAUGACCUGAUGCCGGAAGGCUGGAAAGAAGCUGUUGUCAGUGCUAUGAGCAUGCUGCGGUUUUGGGAAGAUGAGGUUGGCGAUGCUCGCAAUCGUCUUCAAAUCCUGACCGUCUUGAUGGCGGAAGUAGGCUGGUAA